AUGGACGGCUCAAACGGCAACAAUGCCGGCAGCAGCGGCGGCAGCAGCAGCAACCCGACCAAUCCUUCUCCGCAGCAGCAGCAACGCAUGCACCCCGGCGACAGCAGCCGCGCCGUCCGGGCCGAGCUCGAGGCUAAGCGGCGCGCCAACAUCGAAAAGCACCGACGAUUCCAGCCCUCCGUGCGGGAGCAAAUCGGGCGCGUCUUUGGCGACACCUCGCCGGCGUGGUACGCGCGCGCGCGGCUCCUCACGCGCACCUCGUACGCGCAGCUCGCCGAGCUCAGCGUCGUCGGCCUCGCCGUUGGACACGACCGGCUGCUGAGCGACGGCGAGGCGCGCGCCGUCACCGAGCACGUCGCGCGCGGCGCCGACCGCAUGGCCCUCAUCAGCUGGUCGCUCACGGGCCUGUCCGCCUUCCUCACGUGGCGCGGCCGCCACACGCUGCGCUUCCCGCUGUGGACGCCGCAAGUGCUCCCGCCGCCGCGCGGGGCCAUCCUGCGCAAGACCAUGUGGCAUGGCGCGCGGUACAUUGCGUACUCGGUCGCGACGAGCGUCACGCUCCAGGCGCCCCUCAUGGCGUACAAUGUCAUGUACGAGAAGCAGCAGAUGGCGGUGGAUGAGCGUCUGCGGCAGCUCGUGCGCGACGAGGAGGGUAACUACAUGGGCAGGAAGAAGGAGGCCGAGGACUGGUCCAGCAACUCGUUUGGCAGCGGCGGAGGUGAUGAUGCCCAGCAGCAGCAGCAGCAGCAGUCGAUACAGGAGGCGGCGCAGACUGGUUGGGAUACGUAUAAGCAAUCGGAGCAGCAGCAGCAGCAACAGCAACAGCAGUACGGACAGAGGAUGCAGUCGCAAGCCAGCAACGCCGGCUGGGGCAGCAGCGGCGGCGGCAGCAGCGGCAACUACGGCCAGUCAUCAUCCGUGCCCUCGCAGCAGUCCAGCUCUGGCUGGGACAGCGCCGACAUUGACGACGCCUCGCCCGUCGCGGGAUCGGCGCCCAGCGACUCUCCCUCCCCGUACGGCAACGCCGGCGGCAGCGGCUCGACCUGGGACCGUCUCCGCCAGCAAUCACAGCGCGCAUCUCCCCAGCAGCAGCAGCAGCAGCAGCAGCGGUGGGGCGGUCAACAAUCGCAGGGGCAGCAGCAGCAGCAGCCCGGUGGACAGCUGUCCUGGGGCGAUGCGGGUGACGGCGCGGACCGCGCGGCGCAGGACAAGGCGCAGAGGGAGUUUGACCAGCUCGUGGACCGGGACCGUUCCGGUGAAGGACAGGCACGUUCUGGAUGGAGCGGGAGGUAG